AUGAAUAUUCCGGAACAGUUCGUGCAUUGGAUAAAGAUCUGCCUCUCCACAGCUGCUUUCUCAGUUUCAGUCAACGGUGAACUUGAGGGGUUCUUCCCCAGUACUAGAGGGCUUCGUCAAGGAUGCGCACCGUCACCAUACCUUUUUGUCAUUGCCAUUAAUGUGCUCUCAAGACUUCUGAACAGAGCAGCCUCUUCUGGAACCAUUGGCUACCAUCCCACAUGCUCGGAAGUUAACCUUACUCACCUCAGUUUUGCGGACGACAUCAUGAUCUUCACAAUUGGAGAUACUGAAUCUCUUAAGGGCAGAAUCAGCCAAGCUUUCCGCGCCGAGGACACUAAUAUGGGAAUACCAGUUGAUACCCUUCCGGUCCGGUACCUGGGACUCCCUCUCACGACCAAAUCCAUGACUCGAGCUGAUUACGAGCCCUCAUUGAUAAGAUCAGAACGCGAUUACUCUCCUGGUCAAGCCGUUCCCUCUCCUAUGCUGGCCGACUUCAACUCAUCAACACUGUAA